ACCACUUUUUAUACAUGGACAGCCAUAGACCGUCAACAGUGAACUUAUGCGGCCUCAGCCAACACCACUUUUUAUACACGGACAGCCACAGACCGUCAACAGUGAACUUAUGCAACCUUAGCCAACACCUUUUUUUACAUAUUCUUUUUUUUUUUAAGAUCAGACUAAAGUUAUGCAAACUUCCUUGAACAGACCAUAUCUGAAAAGAAAGUCAAGAUGAUUCUGCUAUUAUUGUCAAUCUUCCUCCUGAUCUCAGCUUGGUGUGAAGCAGUAUUAAGGGCCGGCAUCCUGGGAGGAAUAAAGAACAUCUACUGUCCGUACCAGCCACAGUUCAGCAUGGUGCCCAAGCACCUCUGCCAUAAGCAAACUGACACCAACUCUUACAUCAUCGCUUCCACUGACAGAGUAGCCAAUCCUCAGGGCAGAUUUUUCAUAUAUGAUGACCAACAACGCAGAGUUGUCACGGUUACCAUCACUCAGGUGUCUGACAGUGACACUAGGGAGUACUGGUGUGGAGUUUUCGACUCGACUGGGAAAUUUGUCUUCUUUGAAAAAGUGGACUUUUGGGCCAUGCCACUGACUGGACACAUAGGAGGUGAGGCGGUGAUCCGAUUCUUGUACGGCCCGGGAUAUGAGCAAAAGACAAAGUACCUCUCCAGACCAGGCACAAAAACCUCCCGUCUCAUUCACACACAACGCGGCCAUACUAGAGCUGACAACGACAAGUUCUCCCUCUACGACAACACCAUGGCGAGGACACUCACCGCGACCAUCAGAGGGCUGCAAGCAGAGGAUUCUGGGAAAUAUGUAUUUGGAAUGGAGAAUGCUGGACGCUAUGUUGAAUGGCCACUGGCAGUUAAAGGCUUGACUGUGGUGAGCUACUAUGAGGGGCGUUCCGUGGAUAUAUCCUGCAAGUAUCCGAGAACGAGUAAGAAGAGGAGUAAACACUUCUGCCGAGGAAAAGAUCCAGUAGAGUGUUUGGAGCAAGGGCUGUCGGGAGAUGGCAGACUCACUUUAAAGGACCUUGUUGCUGACCAAGUCUUCAUAGUAACCAUCUCUGACCUCACAGCAGAGGAUGCUGGGAUAUACUGGUGUGUGGAGUUUACUGACAAAGGACCUGAGUUUACGUCAGCCAUUCAGUUAACUGUCAAAAAAUUUUCCCCCCAAACAGAUUCAGGUUCAGAUUCCCCACAAACACCCAGCGGCUCAGACACCAACUCGGCCAUCUGGGUGCUGGUCCCUGUCGUGGUGCUGCUGCUGUUGGGCAUAGGCCUCCUGGUGGUGGUCAAAUACAAGAAGACAUCAGAACGUGAGCACUAUAACAUACAUUUAAUCAACUUUUCAGCAAUGGAAUGGCUGUUAAAAAAUGGAACAGCAUCUACCUCAACAGAUGAUCAGAUGGACACAAACACAGCAGGAAAUGCACAGGAGACUGUUUAUUAUGCGAACAAUGAGGUACAAGCCCGUGUUAGGACCCAGGCCAACCCCCCAACACCUCCUGGAAGGGUCAACAGACCCGAUUCUGAUGAUGUGUACCAGAAUUCCGACAGGGUGGAAGACAUUCCGCCCUACCUGACAGUGAUUCCAUGACCCAGUCAAUGGAAUUCCCACCAAAGUUCCCAACACAGCUAAUCAAACUUUGUGCAAUACAACAAAGUAUAGGACCACCACAAGGACACACGUUCAGUUUCAGAAAAUUACCAAUUCUAAAAUGUAUGUAAUUUCAUAUCUAAGCAAGCAUGCACACAUGUGUGCACACACAUUGCCACACACACACAAACGGUGAUUAAGGAAUUGCAGACAUAAGGAGAGAAAUUGAGAAGAGAUUCAUUGUCUACAGAGAGACCAUGCAGCAACUAGUUGCAGUCAUAUGCUGUACCAAUAUAUGGUACAUCUGGUUUACAUAGUUUCCGCUUAUUGAAUCUCAUUAUGUUGUGUACUGUAGCUUGUGCACUGUAGCGGCCCUUCUAACACAAUAAAUUAGUGCUAUUUUUGAGUAAAUGCAA